CACGUGGUUGCCACGUGGUUGGGGAAAGGAGGGGGUGGGGGCGCUACAUCCGGGACACACGGGCGUCCUGUCACUCCUAGACCUGGCAUCUUGUGGCUCAGUUGAAGCUGUUGGGCGGGAAAUAUUAGGUGAAGUGGCUGGUCGUGCCAGGAUGCUGAGGUCUUUGUUUAGGCUUAACAACAUACACGGUGAUGGUCGUUAUAUUUGAAGUCCUUUUCUGUCCCACUGCAGUUGGUGGGAUUAGUCCUCCAUUGCACCUUACGGUACUGAGGCUCAGGAAAGUGAAUUUGUUCCCUCUAGAGAUGGUGCUUUAUGAAUAUGAAUGAAGCAUAGUUUUCUGGUUGGGGGGGUUAAUGAUACAGGCAAGCCCUCUGUCUAGCAUUAAGCAAGCAGGUUUUUUUCCCCAAAGACAAGCAAAACUUGCAGAGGGUCGAUUAAAUUCUUGAGAAUAUUGUAAUUCAUUACGUUGUAACCAGGAUUUUGAGGGGCUCCUCCCUAGCCCAAACACCCACUAAGCUGCACAUGCAGGGAGAAUCCUGUCUUGGUUUUGUCUCAGUAACCUUAAUUGCAGAAAUCGAAUCUUUUUGUUCCAAACAGCCUACUCCAAGUUUUAUCUAUGUUUAUCACUCUGAGAUUUUUAAAUUGAGUAUCUGUAUUUAAGCAUCCGUGUACCAGUAACUGCUAAAUGACAAAAAGAAUCAUUUAAAAUAUAAUUUUGAUUCUCACAGUAUUCAAAACAGUUUGCCCGUUCAUGGAGUGAAAGAACACACGCGUGUGUGUUAAGGCUUUAUUCCUAUUCAUUUUGGAUAGCUAAAAUUUCUGACAAAUUUAUAUCUGAAAUGUUUAUUAAUUCGAUUGGAAACAUCCUUUAAAUACAGUGUUUUAAUAUAACAUAAGGAAUGUUGAUCCCGUAAUAAGCUGUGGUUCUUGUAUGUUUGUCUCUUUCUGUUGUGAUUAUAAGCUAUUCGUGUUUGUGUAAUCCAUUCUCAUUUCUGAUUUGCCAGUUGGGAGUUUAGGUAGAUAAUUCAGCUUUUUAAAGCAAUGUGAAGUUAACAUUGUAUGUUUCAUUUCCAGAUUUACUAAAUCAUUCAGCCUCUUUCUAUCUGCAGAAUGGUAAUGUUUCCUGUCUCAGUGUAGUUAGGAAUGAAAUAGAAUGAUGAGAAAAUGGAAUAUGCAGUCUUUCAUGGGCGUUACUUAAUCUUGAUGGAAGUUCAUGUUCAAGAAAUCCAGUAGAGGGAUCUUUCUGCUUUGCCCUCUAGUAGGUUGUGAACUAAAGGCCGACAAAGAUUAUCACUUUAAGGUGGAUAAUGAUGAAAAUGAGCACCAGUUAUCUUUAAGAACGGUCAGUUUAGGGGCUGGUGCAAAGGAUGAGUUGCACAUUGUUGAAGCAGAGGCAAUGAAUUAUGAAGGCAGUCCAAUUAAAGUAACACUGGCAACUUUGAAAAUGUCUGUACAGCCAACGGUUUCUCUUGGGGGCUUUGAAAUAACACCACCGGUGGUCUUACGGUUGAAGUGUGGUUCAGGGCCUGUGCAUAUUAGUGGGCAGCACUUAGUAGCUGUGGAAGAAGAUGCAGAGUCAGAAGAUGAAGAGGAGGAGGAUGUGAAACUCUUAAGUAUGUCUGGAAAGCGAUCUGCUCCUGGAAGUGGAAGCAAAGUUCCACAGAAAAAAGUAAAACUUGCUGCUGAUGAAGAUGAAGAUGAUGAUGAUGAAGAUGAUGAUGAUGAAGAAGAUGAUGAUGAUGAUGAUGAUUUUGAUGAUGAGGAAACUGAAGAAAAAGCUCCAGUGAAGAAAUCUGUGCGAGACACUCCAGCCAAAAAUGCACAAAAAUCAAACCAGAAUGGAAAGGAUUCAAAACCAUCAACACCGAGAUCAAAAGGUCAAGAAUCCUUCAAAAAACAGGAAAAAACUAAAACACCAAAAGGACCUAGUUCUGUAGAAGACAUUAAGGCAAAAAUGCAAGCAAGUAUAGAAAAAGGUGGGUCUCUUCCCAAAGUGGAAGCCAAGUUCAUCAAUUAUGUGAAGAAUUGCUUCCGGAUGACUGACCAGGAGGCUAUUCAAGAUCUCUGGCAGUGGAGGAAGUCUCUUUAAGAAAAUAGUUUCAACAGUUUGUUAAAAUUUUCCGUCUUACUUCAUUUCUGUAACAGUUGAUAUCUGGCUGUCCUUUUUAUAAUGCAGAGUGAGAACUUUCCCUACCGUGUUUGAUAAAUGUUGUCCAGGUUCCAUUGCCAAGAAUGUGUUGUCCAAAAUGCCUGUUUAGUUUUUAAAGAUGGAACUCCACCCUUCACUUGGUUUUAAGUAUGUAUGGAAUGUUAUGAUAGGGCAUAGUAGUAGUAGUGGUCAGACAUGGAAAUGGUGGGGAGACAAAAAUAUACAUGUGAAAUAAACUCAGUAUUUUAAUAAAGUA